AUGUCGUCUCCAAGCUUCUCCUUCCCUAUCAUGGCCGACACUAAGCCAUCGGACCAUACCAUUCCCGCCUUUAUGGUGUCCACAACUCGCGGCUUCCUGCCACGAGCCAACCCCAUUGUCGAACUACCCAAGGAGUUCGCUGCUCUCGAGUCACUGUUGCAACGUAUGCCCAUCAAGACCCUGUCAGGGGAGCCGGGCCUCCUUGCUACAUUCGAUUUUGGUGAUGCAGUCUUGAAGGAGCUCCCUGACCUGUCUAGCGAGGUCGAUAAGUAUCGUGAUGACCUCGUCGUCAUGAAUGCUUUGUAUCGUGAUUACUCCUUUCUGGCUUCGGCGUAUCUCUUCGAGCCUUGCCACGAGAGGCAUAUGAGAGGCGAGGAGUAUGGUCUUGGGAGACAGAGCUUGCCCAGGUGUAUUGCACUACCCAUUGUUAAGGUUGCUGAGAUUGCUGGCUUCAAGCCUUUUAUGGAGUACGCCGGCUCUUAUGCCUUGUUCAACUACCGCCUAGUUGAUGAGGCAAAGGGUCUUGAGUAUGACAACCUCCGGCUCAUCCGUGCCUUCGAGGCUGGUCUUGACCCUGAGUCGUCUGAGGCGGGGUUCGUCCUGGUGCACAUUGCUAUGGUCAAAGAAUCAGGUGCACUAGUGGAAGGUGCAUGCGAGAUGCUCAACGGCUGCACAGUGAGAGACCGCGAACGAUUUGACAAUGGUCUCAGGACUCUUGUCGGUGGCCUGCGCAAGGUCAAUGCUGUGAUGAACACCAUGUGGAAGAAGAGCAAGCCCAGCGGUUACACCAGCUUCCGCACAUUCAUUUUUGGCAUCACAUCGCAAUCCAUGUUUCCCAAUGGCGUCGUAUACGAAGGUGUCAGCGAGGAGCCCCUGUCAUUCCGUGGCGAGUCUGGAGCGAACGACAGCAUGAUUCCCAUGUGCGACAACCUGCUACAGAUUCAUAUGCCCGAGACGCCACUCACAGACAUCCUGAAGGACUUCCGCCAGUACAGACCUGGUAACCACCGCGAGUUCCUGGAGGCUGUACGGGACUCUGCCCAGGAGUCCGGAGUGCGAGAGUUUGCCAAGGGUGACUCUGUUUCCGCGGCGCUCUACCUCCAGGCUCUUGACCAAGUGCGCGACUUCCGCUGGCGUCAUUGGUGCUUCACGCGCGAGUACAUUCUUAAGCAUACUUCUCAUCCCACAGCCACUGGAGGCAGCCCAAUCGUAACUUGGCUGCCAAAUCAGCUGGGCGCUGUGCUCGCACAGAUGACGGAGACGUCUGAGUUCUGCAAGUCAGUCAAGGGUGUCAGUGAUAUCAUGGAGAUGGCCAACUCGCAGCGCGAGACUCUGAAGAAGGAAGUAGAGAAGUACUGCGGUGAACGAGGCGUUGCAGCUGCCUCGUGA